UACAAAUCGACAUUAUGGAAAACGCCGCAAGUGCUGUCACCAAACUGUUCGCCAAAGACCCGGCUCCUAGCCAGUCUGAGGUCGAGGGACAGGAGGUCACCGACACCACAUCCGCGCCUACCUCCACGAGCAACGAUGUAGACAAGACAGUCGAUAAAGAAGUAGCACCCGCCGUCGAACAUACGCACGUCAAGAAAGAACACGAAACCCGCGAACAGACUGUUGUAGAGAAAGAGAGACACCAAGACCACUACCAAACCACAAUUCAACCUCUCAAAGAUUCCGAGGUCCUACCCGAGAAGCACGAUCACGUUCAAGAGACCAAGGAACGAAGCAUUAACAAUGAUGAUGGCACGGCAAAGGCCAAAGCGGAGGCUGAUCGAACUGGUUUCGAGAGCACGAGUGAGCAGCAGGAGUCUGAAUCUAAAACAACGGAACCGACGCAAGAGAAGGAGCAUGUGCAUCAUCACUUGCAUGAGACUGUGCAACCCGUAAUCGAAAAGGAGGUCAUUGACCCAUCGGUCACUCACAAGCGAGUCGACGUGAAGGAGAAAAUCCAGGAACCUUCCGUGAAUCAUGGUGUGACGACCAACUCCACGAUCUCUGUGGACGAAUUCGAGAAGAAGCUGGAUGGCGAG